AAUGAGGAAGGUCUCCGGAUCCAUCCCCUCCUGCUUUCCACCGAAAGGAAAGCCUGUAAGGCUUCUUCUAAGUUUGCUCAGCAGAGUGAAUCUCUGGUGGUUUGUGAUGUUGCUGAAGACCUGGUGGAGAAACUGAGAAAGUUCCGGUUUCGUAAAGAAACCAACAAUGCUGCCAUUAUAAUGAAAAUCGACAAGGAUAAACAGCUGGUGGUACUGGAUGAGGAGCAUGAGGGUAUUUCUCCUGAUGAGCUAAAAGACGAGCUGCCUGAGAGACAACCUCGAUUCAUUGUGUAUAGUUACAAGUAUCAGCAUGAUGAUGGAAGAGUUUCUUAUCCAUUAUGCUUUAUCUUCUCCAGUCCAGUUGGAUGUAAGCCUGAACAGCAGAUGAUGUAUGCUGGGAGCAAGAAUAAGCUUGUACAGACAGCUGAACUCACUAAGGUAUUUGAAAUAAGAAAUACAGAAGACCUAACUGAAGAAUGGCUGCGUGAGAAACUGGGCUUCUUCCAUUAAGAAAACCUCUGUAAUAAGUAUUUAUGUACCAUCCUGGUAGUACUGGAACCAGACAUGAAUACUUACAUCUAAAAUGCACUGUAUUUACAUCUGUCUCCUGCAGUACAUCUUUUGUGCAAAGUUUGUGCAAAGAAUAGCAGGUCUGUCUCCUUGAAGUAACAAAUCUUUGCAGGUGUUUCCUUAUAUGUACCUAUUAAAGGGAAUACCCCCCUGCAGGGACUCCUUUUGCACUCUUGUGAUUAAUAUUUCUAGAAUUAGAAUAGUUCAGUUCUGAAUUUAUAACUCUCUACAAACAUAACUUGGAAGCUGACGCUAACUUCUUCUGAGCUACAAAUGCAUCCUUAUGACGUAUGCUAGCCAUUUAUAUGCAAAAAUUGUGUACUGUCACUUACUUGCCAGGCUUUUUGACUUAAUAUUUUCUGAAUUGUGCAAACUAGUCCCUGGAAAUAUUUAGUAUUAACAAGACAAAAUCCUUGUACAGCACACCCAUCCAUGUAUCCUUCCAUUGAGUCCCUAUGAACUUUUUCAAAUUCUUGAAACUAAUAUAUCUGUCAUUCCAGUGAUUUCUCAGUUGACUGAGUCAAUAUUACUAAAUUUCAGGGCGAAGCUUUGACUGUCCAGUUCUCAUGCUAAUAUAGUCUUACAGGAACUAAAUGAUAACUAAGGGCUGAAUUACAACUCUGGUUACUCUCACACCAGAUGUCUUGCAUAUAUAACUUAACUACACUGUUAAGAAGUUUACCUCUUUGCUCAUUUCCUUUAAAUGAACACCUGUUAAUACUGUGUGCCUUUAAUUUGUUAGCUUUAAAAUGACAUAAUGAUUUUACACUGCCACUUAGUACAAAUUUGGUAACAACUUUGUUAAAGAAUCCGAGUAAUACUUUUUUCCUAGUGCCUAGUGCUGCAGUUGACAUCUCUUAAAAGCUAACCUCAUUUUCUUUGAAAUUCCAGUCAUCUACUCCAUUUGUAGGAGUCCAGGUAGUUAAAGCUUUUCAUGGUAUUGAACGAUUUGUAUUUGUUUUUGCUAUAAAAGUUGGCCGCACGUAGUUAUUGAGUAUUUUAGUGACUGUCUUUUAACUUUCUUAACUGCUUGUUGGCCAAAAUUACAUUCCACUUUUUCAUAAGUGAUAAUUUGAUUUUGAUUUAUUGACGGUUCAUCUCUUUGAAACAGCAAAGAUUCUAAUGUGAAAAUAGUAUUUAACUUUUAUAAAUGACCAGUCUUUUUACAGGUCUGUUUUAUAUUGAGUAGAAUAGUUGUCUGAUAUGUGACAUCAUGUUCAGCGCAUGCAGUGGCAAAAGGAGUACUCAUGUGACGGUAUCUCAUUAUCUAGCUCAUGAGUGUUUGGCGUGCUACUGAAUUAAGUAUCUGUGGAAGAGCAGCUUCCUGUUGAUGAUAACAUACCUUAAAGUACAGCUGUCCUAACAGAUCUGUUUGAAAAAAGAAUGCAGUGUUAAAUUAGGAGGCCAGUAUUUCGUGCUGUGAAACCUGUGCUGAAGGAAGGUGUGUGAAAACAUGUUGUGUUAGGUGAAUUAGUGUCUUAACACUAAUUUCACAUGAAAUUCGCGUGCAGAGGUCCUCAGUGUUGGUAAAGCUCUUCUUAGUUGGUUACUGCUCAGUCAUUUGUAUACAAAUCUGACAUUUGUAUACAAAUCUUCAAAAUGCAGAUGUUAAGAUCUGAUUAAACUGAUCUUUCAGUGCAGGAAAUAAAUACUUGCUUGUAAUUAAAGGAGAUAAGAUUUCUGUGUUAACAUAUUGAACUGGAACAAUUGUGAUUUCCCUGGACAGAAAAUGUUGAUGAUGAAACUGUUACUUGAUCAUUCUGUACUGCAGAUCAAUAAAAAAAAAACCCUUUUGUGACAA